CAAACUUCCACCACAAUUCGGCAAGUCGUCAACACUUUUUUCCUCAUCAUUCAAACUUUUUUCACUCAUUCUGAAUUAAACUUUCAAUAAACUAAGACGUAAAUUUUAUUAAAUUAAGUAUAAAUUAUAAUUAAAUUAAAUUAAAAAUGAAAACUGUGUCGAAAGUGUUGGUGCUGUUGGGUGCCGUGGCUCUUGUGAGCUGCGAGGUGUUCUAUGAAGAAAAGUUUGUAGACGAUUCUUGGGAGAAGAACUGGGUCCAAUCAAAGCAUCCAGGCAAAGAAUUCGGCGUUUUUAAGCGUACCGCUGGCAAAUUCUUCAACGACGAGGAAGCAGAUGCAGGUCUCCAGACAUCACAAGAUGCUAGAUUUUAUGGAGUUUCAACUAAAUUCACACCAUUCACAAAUAAGGAUAAGCUACUUGUGAUACAGUUCUCAGUUAAGCAUGAGCAGAAUGUUGACUGCGCCGGAGCCUACCUUAAAGUCUUCGACUGCGCUCUCGACCAAAAGGAUCUCCACGGUGAAUCACCAUACUUAAUUAUGUUCGGACCAGACAUCUGUGGACCAGGAACCAAAAAAGUUCAUGUCAUCUUCAGCUACAAAGGAAAGAAUCAUUUGAUCAAGAAAGAAGUCAGAUGCAAGGAUGAUGUCUUUACACAUUUCUAUACACUCAUCGUUCAACCAGACAAUACUUAUGAAGUUUUGAUUGAUAAUGAGAAGGUUGAGUCAGGAUCACUUGAGGAAGAUUGGGACUUCUUGCCACCAAAGACAAUUAAGGAUCCAGAGGCUAAGAAACCAGAAGAUUGGGAUGAAAGACCAACAAUUGCUGAUCCAGAUGACACAAAGCCAGAAGACUGGGACAAACCAGAACACAUUCCAGACCCAGAUGCCACCAAACCAGAAGAUUGGGAUGAUGAACUUGACGGAGAAUGGGAGCCACCACAAAUUGACAACCCAGAAUACAAGGGCGAAUGGAAAGCAAAGCAAAUUGAUAACCCAGCAUACAAAGGAGCCUGGAAGCACCCAGAAAUUGACAAUCCAGAAUAUGCUGCCGAUGAGAACCUUUACCUUCGCGAAGAAGUCUGCACAGUUGGUCUCGAUCUCUGGCAAGUCAAGUCAGGUACAAUCUUUGAUAACUUCCUCUUCACUGAUGAUGCUGAGUACGCUAAAGAAGCUGCUGCUGGAUUCAAAGCUACACAAGACGGUGAGAAGAAGAUGAAGGAUGCACAAGACGAAGAGGAGAGAAAGAAAGCUGAAGCUGAAGCAAAGACAGAAGAGAAGGACGAAGACAAUGAAGAUCUCGAUGAUGAAAUUGAAGACAAGGCUGAAGGAGAAGCUGAAGCUGAAAACCACGACGAAUUGUAAAUCACGAAUCAUCUCCCAAAAAGAAAUAAUCGGCAAAAUUUGCUGAAAAAUUAAGUUUUUUUUUAUUAUUUUGUACUGAAUUUAAUUUAAACAAAGAGAAAAAAAAAAAACACAUUUUGUCGUCGUGUCAUUUUCGAGAGUCAAAAGUCUUUAAACAAAAUGUUUUUCGUAACAUUCUUAGCAUAACUUUUUUUUAAAUUAAAUUAAUUUAAAAAGUUUUUUGUUCUUAGUAUAAUGAAAGAUCCAUUGUUGAUAUAAGCAGUUAAUAAACCUCGUCACAAUUUUAGUUAAGCUGUUAAACAUCUCUCAGUUCUCAGUAAGAGUUAUCACAAAAAAAAAACCAAACUAUUUUGUGUGUUUUGCGUGCA